GGAACUAGUCGUCAUAAAGUCACAGAGAAUUUAAAAGAUACAAGAUGAAGCAGGCGCUUAUUGUACUUCUAAUUAUUGCAUUGAGCAAUGUUCCGAAGGAAACAUCAGCAGUUAUACGUCGUGAUCCAGUAUGCCUGCUUCCUGAACCUCUCCGGCAAUGUAUGUCGUUGGCGAUUGGUUGGCGUUUUGAUCAGGAGGAAGAGACCUGUGUUCCAUUCCAUGGUGGAGGCUGUUAUAAUCCAGCAGAAAAUCAUUUUUCAUCGCAAGAGGCUUGCAGAAGAAAGUGCCAACCCUUGGAAGUGAGGAUCUGUUCGCGGCUCUGGAAUCCGUCUAGAUUUUAUAUGAAUCGAAGAGAAUUGCUUCAAAAGUACGGCUGCCUGGAUGAUUAAACUCAGAUGAAACCGUUUUGCAAUCCACAUGUUCACGAAGAUAACAAAUAACUGAUUGU